AUGCGUUACAAUACCACAGUUGCUAGCAGGAGGGUUGAGCGCGGUGCGGUAUCAGCAGAAAGCGGGGCGGGCGGUAGCCGCGGACCUAGGUCCGUGCAGCAGGGGGAAGGGGAGAAGCGUGGAGCAAGGGCGGGGAGAGCCUCCCCCGUCUCCACCAUCACCCCAAGCGCGCUACUCUGUGCUCGGGGGCACUCCAUCGCCCGCCCUCCCAACACCAUCUGCAACCAUUCCUUCCAAAACCCCCCUCCUUUCCCACACAUGAGCAUUCUUGCCUCGUCUCCCGUUUCCCUCUCUCUCCCAUCCCCCGAGGCUUGUCUAGAUAUCUCUAUUGCUUGCCACCCCUACGCAAUCCAUACCUGCAAGGCCUCCACAGACCGGUCUCCACUGCUCUCCACGACACACACGCUCUAUGGCUAUGUGCCCACAGGCUUCCAUCGCCCGCCACCGCAUGCCAUCCACAACUGCUACAGUCCAAAGCUGCACAACCGCUCACGUAGUCUGGGCAGCCAUGAAUGCGCUCCUGCCACGCCCUCUGACAUCCUCCCAGCCAUCGGAACUUUUCACCUGCCCGGUCGUCUACGACCCAGCGUGCCGAACGAGGCGAGACUCAAUGUGGCGAGGAUCCACGCUUAG